UGCAAGCAGUUAACAGAUUGCUCGUUUUCAGAAGGCAAAGAAAAGACAACGAUGGCUGCUUCCAAGCUGCAGAAGAUUUGGAAUCAUCCUGCAGGGCCCAAAACAAUUCAUUUUUGGGCCCCAACUUUUAAAUGGGGAGUUAAUACUGCAAAUAUUGUUGACUGCACAAACUCACCAGAGCAGCUCUCCUAUCCUCAGCAGUCAGCUCUUGCAUGCAGUGGAAUGAUCUGGGCUAGGUAUAGCACUGUGAUCACACCGAAGAACUGGAACCUUUUCAGCGUAAGUGCUGCAAUGGCUGCAAUUUCCAUGUACCAACUGGGACGUAAACUAGGGCAUGAUUUAUCCUCUAAUCAUCAGAAAAUAGGAGCUGAACAUGACUGUUAAUUAAAGUGGGAACCCUACCUUUCCUAUUUUAUCAUUUAAAUAAGAAAUAGGAAAUUUCAAGUCCUUGUUUGCCUUCUUGGAUUUUCCUAUGUGUUUCUUACUUGCUGUCCUUAUGAUUAUUUAUACCCAUAAAAACUUUUUUUUUCUUUAA